UCCAUACCAAAAUUUUGCCUUUUUGCAUGGUUGAUAUUACAAGUCCACGAUCAAGUCUUCCCUCUUUCGAAUACUCCACCUUCUCAAAUUCCCAUUUUCAAUCUAAAAAUUAAACAAAAAUCAAGAAAUUCUCAAACUUUCAAUGGCAAAAUUUCCCGUUUCUUUUCUUUUAUUUCUCUUUCAUUUCUUGUCACUAAACCUUUCCUCCUCUGCCUACACUCUUCCCACACAGUACUUCAUCAACUGCGGUUCAGACACCAACGUAGUCUCCACUCGCCGAACUUUCACCGGAGACUCCAAUUCCGAUAAUUCUUUAACUUUAACAGGACAGAGCAGUUCAGUUAAAGAACCCAACAAUUCAAAAGAAACGCCACAAUUAUAUCAAACAUCAAGAAUUUUCAAAGAGAAAUUUUCUUACGAGUUCAAGAUUACUAAUUCCAGUACUUAUUUGGUACGUUUUCACUUCUUUAAGCUCAAUUCCUCAGCUAAUUUUGCCGUUUCAGUUUCAGGGUUUUCAUUGUUGAGUAAUUUCACUGUACAGAACAGUAAAAAUAAACCAAAUCUUCUGUUAAUUGAGGAAUUUUUUGUUGGUAUUAGUGAAGAAAAGUUCAUAAUCCAGUUUUUACCUCAAGAAUUUUCUUUUGGUUUUGUUAAUGCUAUAGAAUUGUUUCCAACUCCUGCUAAUUUUAUUCCUGAUAAUGCUCCACUUAUCAGUCCUAUGGGAAGUAGUAGUAAUUUUAAUGGAGUUCUGUCUAAGGCAUUGCAUACAAUUCAAAGAAUUAAUGUCGGUGGCCUUACACUUACACCAGAUAAUGAUACUCUUUGGAGAAAUUGGGUACCGGAUGAUAGUUUUCUUUACAUGUCUGACACUGCCAAAAAUAGCAAAUUUCAUGGAGAUAAGCCGAAAUACACGCAAGGCGUUAACGAAUAUUUCGCGCCGGAUCUUGUUUAUCAGACUGCCAAGGAAAUGAAUAUCAAUCAUGUUUUUUUUUCUAAUAACUUCAACAUAACCUGGAGUGUUGAAGUUAGCAAGAAUGCUAGACAUUUUGUUCGGGUUCAUUUCUGCGAUAUUAUUAGUCAGUCGAUCGGUGAUUUAGCAUUCAAUCUUUAUGUUUAUAGAAACUUUAGCCGUGAAAUUGUUCCGUAUCAAAUGUCUGAUCAAUUGGCUGUUCCAUUCUUUUUCGAUUUUGUUGUGGAUUCUGAUGAUUCUGGACUCAUGAAUAUCAGCAUUGGCCCUCGUCGAGAUUCUAAAUUUAAAACUGCAUUUUUGAAUGGACUGGAGAUUAUGGAGAUAGUAGGAGAAUCGGGGUUAGUGUUGGAGACUCGUGAAGCCAAAAAGAUUCCGAUCUUGGUUAUUGUUGGUUCGAUUCUUGGAGGUUUAGCUCUAAUCUCUGUUUUUGCAGCUGUAUUAUGCUUGUGUUUAUGGUGUAGGAAACAAAAAACAGUUGAAAGUUUGGAUUGGCCACCAGUCCCGGUUUAUAGAGCUGGGAGUUCUCGGAACAGGGUUCCUGAGGGAACUUUCGUUAGCUCCCGUGUUGACUUGAACGUCGGAUUAAGGAUUUGCUUCGCUGAGAUUCUGCUUGCAACGAACAACUUCGAUGCCAAAAUGAUAGUUGGUAAGGGUGGGUUUGGGCAUGUGUUUAGAGGAACUUUGAGGAACGGAACCAAAGUUGCUGUUAAAAGAUGCGAGUCAGGAUCAGGGCAAGGCCUACCCGAAUUCGAAACUGAGAUAACGGUGUUAUCCAAGCUUCGCCACCGACAUCUCGUCUCUUUAAUCGGAUAUUGUGAUGAACUGUCUGAAAUGAUACUGGUUUAUGAAUUCAUGGAAAAGGGUACAUUGAAGGAUCACUUGUAUAAUUCAUCUUCACCUCCAUUUUCUUGGAGACAAAGGCUUGAAAUUUGCAUUGGUGCAGCAAAAGGGCUACACUAUCUGCAUAGAGGUAAUUCGGGCGGAUUUAUUCAUCGAGACGUUAAAUCCACCAACAUCCUGCUUGAUGAAUACCUUGUUGCUAAAGUUGCCGAUUUCGGCCUUUCAAGAAUAGGUCCUCCCGAUCAAAGCCAUGUCAGCACAUGUGUUAAAGGUACUUUAGGAUAUCUUGAUCCUGACUACUUCAGGACCCAACAAUUAACCGAAAAAUCAGAUGUUUACUCAUUCGGCGUAGUUCUUCUUGAAGUUCUAUGCGCCAGACCCGCCAUCGACGUCUCACUUCCACAAGAGCAAGUAAAUCUAGCUGAGUGGGGACUGUUUUGCAAGAACAAUGGGACACUGGAACAGAUUGUUGAUCCUUCAAUAAAGGAACAGAUCAAUCCUAAUUCUUUAAGAAAAUUUGGUGAGAUAGCAGAAAAUUGUUUGCAAGAAUAUGGUACCGAUAGGCCAGCAAUGGGAGAUGUAGUGUGGGAUUUGGAGUAUACACUGCAACUGCAACAAACCGCGGUACAGAGAGAACCCCAUGAGGACAGUGCAAGUGAUGCGUCAUCCAUGUUAGCGUUGCCUAAUAUUCAGCGUUUUCCGUCUAUCGGUAUGUCAAUCGAAGAAGACGAUACGCCAAUCCUGGCGGAGCAUAGUUCUAACAUGUGGGCAAGUGAGGUUUUCUCCCAAUUGAGAAUCGAUGACGCGAGAUGAUAUCAUUUAUGCAUUCAUAUUUCAUAUUUUAUAUUUAUAUAUGAAAAGUCGAGAUUGGGCGAAACAAUGUAGGAUCUUGCGAAAGUGAAACAAGUAUUAAAAAUAUGUCCCAAUAACAAGAGAAAGACCUACAAACUCGCUCAGCUAUAUCAACAGAAAUUGAAAUGCUGCUGAAUGGUAUGCUUUCUUAGAAAUAACCUCUUGGAUUUACACUACCCUGAAAUUGUAUAGGGGUGCUUGUGAUAACAUAAUUGUUAUAUAAUUAAAAAUCGUUUUCUUGAGAGGAAUCUAUGUUUUGUGCUAAA